AUGGCGAGAUUGGCUUCCCCUUCCACCGCAGCCGUAACUAUUACCCUUGACGAACUGCCUUCGUCUUCUUCGCCUCCGAGGCAGUCGCAGCCGCCGCAGGAGACGCUCGUCCUCCGCCUCCGGCGGCCCAAGAAGAAGGUCACAUGGAAGGAGGGCACAGUCGAUAACGAGUUCCUCAACCGGAAGAGCUCCAAGAAGUGCUGCAUCUUCCACAAGCAGAAGCCCUUCGACGAGGACGACAGCGACGAGGACGAAGGGCCGCGCGGAGAAGAAGGCGGCGUCCAUGACAGGGCCGGACCUAGCCACCACUGUUGUUCGCAUGAUGGAGGGCACUGA